AUGACAUCACGUAGAACAUCAACCGCCGAAGGUAGCCGAGGAACCGCAGGCGGCAAUUGCAGUAAUGGGCACAAUCAAAACAAUACCGAGCCGGGCGGUCAGGAACAACCGCACUUUCCGCAAAUUAAAAUCGUUAUCGACGAACCGGAGCCACCUAGCGCGACCGCGGCCAUGCUGGCGUUGCAGCCAUUGCGGCGCCAUUCCGUGCGGCGGUCGCAGCUUAACCCGAACCAACUGGCCACCGUCGGUGGGAAAGGGUUAAAUCUGCCGUCGGCAUUCCUGACCAUUUACGGCAGCCCGACCUCGGGCUAUCGGGGUGGUGAUUACACGGACGAGGACGAGCGGGGUGAAGAUGAUGGGACCGAGGUGGAGGAGGACGACGAGGCACACGGAUACCAUAUGUUGCCGAGCCGAGCCUCCGGUGGUGUUCGGCGGCGACGACCGUCCGAUGGAGACUUCAACGAGGACGAGCAGGACGGUGAUGAAACGGGCGAGGAAGAGGACGACGACGAGGAGCAAGAUGUGGAGGAAGAAGAAGAAGAGGAAGAAGAGGAGGAGGAGGAGGACGAUGAGGAGGAGGACGAGGAUAACGGGCGAGAUUACCAUAGGUUUGCCAGAUAACGCCAUCUCCUCCCCCUACGGGCUAUUCGCGCACGUUACCGUAGCGUGUUUGUUUGUAUGUGCGCGUGUGCG